AUGCAUUUCCUCAAGGGUCUCGCCGUCUUCCUCUCCGUUCUCCCUCUCGCUCUCUCCUCUCCAGCUCUCCCCUCUCCAGCUCUCUCCUCUCCAGACCUCUUCAAGAGAGACGGACGUGUCGUCGACGGAGGACUAAUCGUCCACGACAUCGAACAAAUCAAAAAAAAUGCAAUCACACUCAACUACACCAUUUACAACUGGGGCGGCGGUUUCUUUGGCUCAUUCAAGCUCAUUACCAUCCUCUACCAAACCGGUUAUGUCACGAAUGCAAUGAAGACCACACUUGCGGACGCAAAAAAUGCGCAUCGAUUCAACGACACAGAGUCUUUUAACAUCUCUCAUGCUUUCACUGAACUCCUCCCGGUGGUUCACGAUGUCCUGUUUUGGAUUAUGACUAGAAAGAUAUACUUCGAGUACGGAAUGUUUGGCCUUUGGAGUCUCACGAGUACUGUGAGAUCGAUACUCAUCUCGCAACAGGAUCUGAGUAAUCAGAUGGGGAACGAGAUUAUACCCAAGUUGAACGAACUUUGGGCUUCGGUGGGGCCGCUGCUUUUGAAGCAGAUUAAUAAUUAUUUUAACGAGGCUAUUAACUUUUUUUGA